UUUUGAUCAGUGAACAGGCUGAACAGGCCGAACCUACGGAGAGUUGGACCCCGUUCUGACCCGGUAUGUCCACCGUGUGUUUGCUGAGGUUUGGCUGCUCCUGCCGUAAGCUGCUUCCCGUCGUCAUGCACAGACGCUUCAGCCUGGACGUGUCUGCGCCUCUGCUGCGGACACACGGUUACGUGGACGGACGCUGGGUCUCCGCAACCUCGGACUUUCCCGUUCUGGACCCGGCUACCGGGCAGGAGCUGGUCCGGGUGUCGGACUGUGGCCCGGCUGAGGCCAAACAGGCCGUGGACGCUGCGCACAGCGCGUUCUUCUCCUGGAAGCGGCGCACGGCCAAGGACCGGAGCGUCCUGCUGCGGAGGUGGUUCGAGCUGCUGAAGCUGCACCAGGACGAGCUGGCGAAGCUCAUCACGUUUGAAAGUGGGAAGCCCCUGCGGGAGUCCGUCGGAGAGGUCGCGUACUCCGCCUCCUUCCUCGAGUGGUUUUCAGAGGAGGCUCCGAGAAUUUACGGCGACGUUGUGCCGGUACCAUUCCAGGACCGACGGGUCCUCCUCCUCAAGCAGCCGGUGGGGGUCGCGACCAUCAUUACGCCGUGGAACUUUCCCAGCGCCAUGAUCACCAGGAAGGUGGGAGCUGCUCUGGCCGCCGGCUGCACCGUGGUGGUCAAACCGGCAGAAGACACGCCGCUGUCGGCGCUGGCUCUGGCAGAGCUGGCGGCGCAGGCUGGAAUCCCCGCUGGCGUCUUUAACGUGGUUCCUUGCUCCAGAGCCAAGACGCCAUCAGUCGGCCAGGUCCUCUGCACAGACCCACUUGUGGCCAAAAUCUCCUUCACUGGCUCAACGGCUACUGGCAAAGUGCUGCUGAAACUGGCUGCUGACACGGUCAAGAAGGUGUCCAUGGAGCUGGGCGGCCACGCGCCCUUCAUCGUGUUUGACAGCGCAGAUCUAGACAAGGCUGUGGCCGGAGCCAUGGCCUCGAAGUUCAGGAACUCUGGACAGACUUGUGUGUGUUCGAACCGGUUUCUGGUUCAGAGAGGGAUCCACGAUCGUUUUGUGGAGAAGUUGGGCCAAAUGAUGGAUGCCGAGCUCCGGUUGGGCCAUGGCUGCGACCCAGACACCACCCAGGGGCCGCUCAUCAACACCGGAGCUGCAGAGAAGGUUGCCCACCAGAUAUCAGACGCUGUGUCCCAGGGGGCAAAGGUGCUGAGGGGUGGCAAGCGUUUGGAUGGGUCCUUCAUGGAGCCCACUCUGCUGGCUGAUGUCACCACGGACAUGCUGUGUUGCCAGGAGGAGACCUUCGGCCCCCUGGUGCCCGUCCUUAGGUUCGACACCGAGGAUGAGGCCCUGGCCAUUGCUAAUGCAUCUGAUGUUGGACUUGCAGGCUACUUCUACUCUCAGGAUGUGAGUCAGAUCUGGAGGGUGGCUGAGGCGUUGGAGGUGGGGAUGGUUGGGGUCAACGAGGGCGUCGUGUCCUGCCCAGAGGCCGCCUUCGGAGGAGUCAAACAGUCUGGCUUGGGCCGUGAGGGCUCCAAGUACGGCAUCGAUGAGUAUCUGGAGGUGAAGUACAUGUGCUUUGGAGGCCUCAAACUCUGAAGAGGGGCUGAGCGAUGGCAGCUCAUUAGCGUUCGUUAGAGUAAUAACACGCUGCAUUACUGUUCCCUCCUUCAAGGAGUUCUACCUGGCCACAAUAGCUACGUUAUGAUUGAACGAUCUUUAGUGCGGGUCUUUAGUAAACAGUCAGUUGUGUCCUGGUGCGAGGGUUAAAACAAGUCAACUCUUCCCAGUUACGUGAAGUCGUGGAACUACUGUUGUUGAUUUGUGUUCAUGUUAAGAUCCUGUUGUCGUAUUAAUGAAACACCCACACAACUAUUAAAUGUGUCAUUUAUACAUUGAACAUUCACUUAAAUAGUUCAAUUAUCAUGCUCAUAAAUGAAACAUCAUUUUAAUGUUGGCUGCAUGCAGAUGUGUCCUCAUGAGCUGUUGUAGUGUAGGACACUUAACAGCAGAACAGAGUGUAACGUUAGAAUUAAAACACUUCAUUUGAUGUUGUUUAAGAAAUUACUAAGUAAUUGUUACUUCAACCUCCUGGAUCAGUUCGUCUGGUGGAGAUGUUUGCGUUAAUGACCUGAUCCUGUCCAGUGGCUUUAACAAAAACCUUUUGUUUCUAAUAAUAAUGGACAAUAAAGGUGAAACUGCAAUAUUACAUGCAGUAACGUGACAUCACA